AUGUAUAUUGAAUGCAACGGCAUCCGCUUCUCGAUAACCAACACCAGCACCCCCCAACUGUCAACCCUCUACCACACCCGCGCUGGAAUUUCCCUCUACGAUGCCCAAUUCUCCUCCAGCAAUAACACGCGCCACCCCAUUCCCGACAAAAUAAUCCAAGACGUCCUCGCCCGCCUCGUCCACUUCCAGACUGUCUGCAAGGACUUUGAUGUACCGCCGGAGAACGUACAUGUAUUAGCGACGGAAGCAACACGCAUGGCGCUGAAUUCGGAGGCGUUCAGGGCAGAGAUUCGAAAAAGAACGGGGUGGGAGGUGAGAAUGCUAAAGAAGGAGGAGGAAGGGAGGAUUGGGGCGAUGGGGGUUAUUGCGAGUUGUGGGAGGCCCGCUGGUGGGUUGGUUAUGGAUUUGGGAGGCGGGAGUGCGCAAAUUACUUGGAUAAUGGCGGAUGGCCAAGAUGGUGCGGUCCGGACGAGUCCGCGUGGCUCGUUCAGUUUUCCCUACGGUGCGGCAGCGUUGAAGAAUAGGUUGGAGCAGGUUGGAGGGGAUGAGAAGGGGAGGAAGGAAUUGAGGGGUGAGAUGGUGAAGAAUUUCCAGCAUGCGUAUUGGGAUCUAGAAGUGCCGGAGGAGCUUCUACAGAUGGCGAACGAGCGUGGUGGACUUGAUCUGUAUCUCUGUGGUGGUGGGUUUCGUGGUUGGGGGUAUCUGCUCAUGGAGCAGGCUUCUGUGAAUCCGUAUCCGAUUCCCAUCAUUAAUGGAUUCCGGGUUCGCAAGGAGGCAUUUCACGAUACAGCGUCGGUACUAGGAACGGUGGAUGCGGAUACUAAGAUAUUUGGCGUGUCGAAGCGACGAGCAUCGCAAGUCCCGGCUGUUGCUUUUCUGGUCAAUGUGCUCAUCGACGCACUCCCGGGCAUCGAGAAUAUUCAAUUCUGUCAAGGAGGAGUCCGUGAGGGCUUUCUGUUUGAUCGACUGCCUGCGGAGAUCCGUGCUGAUGAUCCCCUCCUAGCAGCUACUAGGCCCUAUGCGACGCCUUCAGCGAACGCCUUCCAGCGUCUUUUGUCAUCGGCCUUGCCAUCUACCCCUCCACCAGAGGAAUUGACGCAAGUGCCCCCGUCAUUUUCCCCUCAUCUGCUAUCUGCGCUGGCCAAUCUCCUCUUCGCCCAUGCCACCAUCCCCAAAAAUUCCCGUUGUGCAGCCGCCCUACACAGCACCACCACCGGUCUCCUAGCAUCCACCAACAGUCUAAUCCAUGCUGACCGGGCCUUACUUGCCCUGACUCUCUGCGAACGCUGGGACAGAGAACUCGCUCCGACCGACCAAUCACUCUACACGCAACUGAGCCGGUGUGUGCCCGCACGGGAAGUUUGGUGGUGUCGAUACUUGGGAAGGGUGGCCGCUCUGAUUGGCGAUGUAUAUCCGGCGGGGAAAGUCUCUGGAAACGAGACCCAGUGGAGAAUCCAAUUAGACUCGCAGUGGGACGUGUUGACCAAAGAGAAGAAGGGCGAGAGGCAGACUGUGCUCCGGCUUCGGGUGAGGUGGAACAGGGACGUCAUGCGGGAUAGCUCGUACAGUCUGAAUGAACACACCGGGAGGGUCGAAAAGGUCGGAAAGAGGAAGAAUUGGGUGAACGGGUGCGGCGUGAAGGUGCAGGUGGAGAACCAGAGUCUACCAUAG